ACGUGCUGCCCAGGUUUAAGCACGCAACACGAGUCACUUUUAUUCUUCCGUCUUCCUUUCUAAAAUCCCUCACAAGUCACUACCGUUUCUUCUCCAUCUUCCACACCGCUUUUACAAAGUUCUUGCCAUACAUUCUUCUCAUUCCUUCGAAUUUCGGCUAUCUAAUCUUCCCUUCAAUUACACGUUAAAAAUUUACUUAAUUGUUCUUAGAUGAAAUCUUGCACUUAUCAUUCUCAGUGAUUUUUGAUUCUGCUAUGCGAUGGAUAUGGAUUCCAACUGUACUGCAAUUGCACCGUCUAAUAACCCCGUCAAAUCCUCCCUCGGUAACAAUGCCUCUGAUUAUUCCAAUUAUUUGUAUCCCAAGAUUGUGAAAGGAGACUGUGGCUUUGUUCUUGAAGAUGUUCCUCACUUGUCUGAUUACCUCUCUCAUCUUCCUACAUAUCCAAAUCCGCUGCAAGACAAUCCUUCAUAUUCUGUUGUGAAGCAAUAUUUUGUAGAUGAUGAUGACAUGGUUAAGCAGUCGAUUAUUGUUCAUGAAGAUAGUCCAAGGGGGACAUAUUUUAGGCGUGCUGGACCUCGGCAAAAGGUUUAUUUUGAAGCUGAUGAAGUGGAAGCUUGCAUUGUGACGUGUGGUGGCCUAUGUCCUGGUUUGAACACAGUUGUUCGAGAAAUAGUUUGUGGCAUGCACCAUAUGUAUGGCGUCAGUAGAGUACUUGGUAUUGAAGGAGGAUACAUGGGUUUCUAUUCUCGAAAUACUAGACCAUUGACUCCAAAAGUUGUCAACGACAUCCACAAACGUGGUGGUACAGUACUGGGUACUUCACGUGGAGGACAUGACACCAGAAAGAUAGUUGACAGCAUAGAGGAUCGAGGAAUAAAUCAGGUGUAUAUAAUUGGAGGAGAUGGUACUCAAAGAGGGGCAUCUGUGAUCUUUGAGGAAGUUAGAAGACGAGGUCUUAAAGUUUCUGUAGUUGGUAUCCCCAAGACGAUUGACAAUGAUAUUCCGGUGAUAGAUAGGUCCUUUGGUUUUGAUACUGCAGUGGAGGCGGCACAGAGAGCAAUUGAUUCAGCCCAUGUGGAAGCUGAGAGUGCUGAAAAUGGUGUUGGUGUUGUCAAGCUAAUGGGACGUUAUUGUGGAUUCAUAGCUCAGUAUGCAACCCUUGCCAGCCGAGAUGUGGAUUGUUGCCUGAUCCCAGAAUCACCUUUUUAUCUGGAAGGACCCGGUGGACUCUUUGAAUAUAUGGAGAAAAGGCUGAAAGAGAAUGGGCAUAUGGUCAUUGUCAUAGCCGAGGGUGCAGGAGAGAAUCUCCUUUCGGAAUCCAUGCAAAAUAUGAAUGAGAAGGAUGCCUCUGGGAACAAGCUGCUUCCAGAUGUUGGUUUGUGGAUAUCGCAAAAAAUUAAGGAUUAUUUCAAGCAGAGGGACUGGGUAAUAAAUCUCAAAUACAUUGAUCCUACAUACAUGAUUCGUGCGAUCCCUGCGAAUGCAUCCGAUAAUGUUUAUUGUACACUGCUUGCACAAAGUGCAGUUCAUGGUGCAAUGGCAGGAUACACAGGAUUCACUGUUGGUUCGGUUAAUGGUAGACAUGCUUACAUUCCAUUUCAGCGAAUUAUUGAGAAGCAAAACCAGGUUGUGAUAACUGAUAGGAUGUGGGCGAGGCUCUUGUCCUCCACCAAUCAGCCGAGCUUUUUGGAUCCUAAUACUCUCAAAGGACUGAAGAUGACUGAAGAGUCGAAGAAUAAGGAGUAGGUUGAGUGGCUGAAAUCUAAAAGACGCUGAUAAUAAUCUGAUUGGAAUAUUUUAGACAGAAGUUUUGGCUGUCCUUUGCAUAAGGUUUACUACUGACUACUGAGGUUCAUCAAAUUUUGAAAUCAAUCAGUAGGCAUACUAAUUGCUGGAACUUGUGGCAGUUUGAUUGAUGCAGGUUUGUUGAUGUUAACAAGGUUUUUUUUUUGUUAGUAAUGGUUCUUAUACAAAAUUUUGGGUUGUACACAAUUUAUACUAUUUUUUGGUACUUAAAUGAAUAAAAUUUGUGGUUGAAAAAACUGUAAA